GCCAUACGGCUCUCAUUGCCUAUUCGGACUUUGUAGACUUCAGUGCAAGACUCUAGCAGCCACUAAUCGAAAAUGAGUUGGGAGAACAACGAGGAAAUUAAAAUUUUCCGGGAGUACUUGCGAAUUCCCACAGUGCACCCUGAUGUGGAUUACACCUCUUGUGUGGAGUUCCUUAAACGUCAGGCCAACUCCUUGAAUCUUCCCGUUGAGGUGGUUUAUCCUGCGGAAAAGAAACCAGUGGUGAUCAUUAAAUGGCUGGGUAGCCAACCGGAACUACCGUCGAUCAUCCUGAACUCCCACACAGAUGUGGUUCCUGUAUUUCCCGAAAAAUGGACUCACGAGCCCUUCGGCGCGGACAUAGAUUCCGAAGGCAGGAUCUUUGCGAGAGGCACUCAGGAUAUGAAAUCUGUGGGAACCCAAUAUCUAGGAGCCAUCCGCCACCUCAAGGCUGGUGGUUUCGAGCCCAAGAGAACGGUCUACGUAACAUUCGUUCCGGAUGAAGAAAUCGGGGGAGCUUUAGGAAUGCAGGAGUUUGUGAAGACUGACUUCUACAAGCAAAUGAAUGUGGGAUUCAGCCUGGACGAAGGAGCCACCAGUGAAACUGAUGUCCAUCACUUAUUCUUCGCGGAACGCCUAAGAUGGGCUCUUAGACUAAAGUUCACUGGGACCUCAGGACAUGGUUCCCUCUUGCUUCCGAAUACUGCCGGCGUAAAACUCAGCUAUGUAAUACAGAAGCUCACAGAGUUCCGGAACUCCCAGGUGGAAGCCUUGGAAAAGGACUCCUCCCUCAGCAAGGGAGACGUGACCACCGUGAAUCUCACCCAACUGAGCGGCGGAGUUCAAAGCAAUGUGGUUCCUCCCGACUUCGAGGCGAUCUUCGACAUGCGCCUGGCCAUCACCCUGGACUUGGUUUCCUUUGAGAAACAAAUCCGAGACUGGUGCGAAGAGGCUGGUGGUGGCAUUGAAGUGGAUUUCUUCAGGAAGGAGCCCUACGUUGGAGCCACCAAGUUGGAUGAUUCGAAUCCCUUCUGGUUGGCUAUUAAAGCGUCUUUCGAUGAACUAGGACUGAAGGUACAUCCCAUUGUGUGUCCUGGCGCCACAGACAGUCGAUACAUUCGUCAAAAGGGAACACCAGCUAUUGGAUUCUCCCCGAUCAUAAACACCACCAUGAGGAUCCAUGACCAUGAUGAGUUUAUUUCGGCCGAUGUAUACUUGAGAGGCAUUGAAGUAUACAAAAAUAUUAUUAGCAAGCUGGCUCAGAUAUGAAAAUUGUAGCUAAAACCCAGAAUUUAGUUCUCAGCAGAAU